AUGCCUAACGAUGAAAUCAUAAAAACUGUAACCGCAAUGAAUGUGACGCAAUUGCUUGACUUGCAAGAUUUUAUCACAAAGACGUUACGUGAAAGGCUCAUCAAUCCGUCGAACGAUUUGAAGUCAACUGAGGAUCAACCUAAAGAAGUAUUACUACCAAAUGAAAUACAAGAAGAAGGGAAAGUAGAUGGAAAGCCGAAAAACGGAAAUUUAGUUACUGUUCUACAAGUGAAAAGAGAAGAUAGUCAAGAUUCUGAUGAUUUUAUCCUAACACAAUUCGAUAGCCAAGAUGUUGGCUCUGCCAAGAAACAAAGCCAAUUUGAAAAAAGCUCUAUCAAACCGGAAUUUAGUUCACCGCUAAAAUUUUCACAGGUUUCAAAUGAUAGUAAGGCAGACAACCCGCUACCUAAAGAAGUAUGUCAUGCCAAUGGUGGGGAUCACUUGAGUAUUGAAAAAACUAUUCCAUUCAAAAGAAGACUAGACCUGGAAAACAUCAAAGAAUAUGAUUGGAAGUGGUCUCAUCAUAAUGAUAAAGUACAAAAUAAUAAACAAUCUAUAUUAGAUUUUAAUAAAAACCCUUUCUCAAAACGACCUUGGAUUUUAGAAGAUUUUUGUCCAAAUUCAAAUGCAAUUGCAAAAAAAAAACAUGAAAUUGAUUUUGAAAAGUUUCAAAAGAAGGUUAGCAAUUUCAUAGAGAAUAAAACUAAUAACGCGAAAGAAAGCGAUAUAGAAUGUGCUAAAUAUGAAGGUAGGUUGAGAAACAUCCAUUUUGAUAACAUGCGAAAUAGGUCACCCUCACCUCCAGGAUAUGGUCGGCUAGACUUCCCAAGUACACAAGAACGCGCUGACGACAAGUCAAAAGCUCAAAGUAUUAUAAGAGAUAAAACAUUAUACAGGUUCUUGGAAGCAACCAACAAUAGGGUCCCACCUAUGAAAAGAGAAUUCUUAUUCAAGAAAAGGGAAUUGAAUGAUGUUGUUGAUGAUGGUAACUUCGAUUGGACAGAAGAAAGCCUCGAAAUCUUUUCAAGAUAA